AUGGGUACAUGUGUUGCUAAUAAAUCAAGAAACCCACUUGUUUUUGUUACUGUUAGAGUAAGGCAGUUUAUCCCAUUUCAUGCUCUUUAUUCUACUCUACCUCCUUCUACUACAAGUAGUAGUAAUGGUAGAGAGUACUUGGAAAUCCCAUAUCAGAAUCGCAAUCAGUUGUUGAAAUCUGUGAUAGAUCACCGCAAAUCUCGAACCUUUAGGAAUCUUGACCAUGGCUUAGUCCUGUUUGAUAAAAUGCUUCAGUUAAGCCCUUUGCCUUCCAUUGUGGAUUUUACUCAAUUUUUUGGUGCCAUUGCAAGAAUGAAGCAUUACUCGGUAGUCGUUACUCUAAUUGGACAAAUGGGAUCAUUAGGAAUUGCUCCCAAUGAUUAUACUCUCUCUGUUUUGAUUAACUGCUUUUGCCAAUUGAACCGAGUAGAUUUGGGUAACAUUGCUGGAGCUGUCAGGUUGGUAGAAGAUAUGGAGAAGAAUGGUUAUCAACCUAAUGCAUUUACCUGUGGAACGUUACUAAAUGGUCUGUGUAAGAUUGGUGAGACUGAUAAGGCUAUUAGGUUGCUUAGGAAGAUGGAAGAAGGGAAUUUUGAGCUUGAUUUGACUGCGUAUAGCACAAUCAUUGAUGGUUUAUGCAAGGACAAAUUGGUAUCUGAGGCAUUGAACUUUUUGUCUGAGAUGAUGAGGAAAGGCAUUCAUCCAAACCUUAUCGUUUACAAUUUCUUAAUUCACGGCCUAUGUAAUUUUGGCUGGUGGAGGGAGGUUACUACCUUGUUGAAUGAGAUGGUGCAAAAGAUCUUGCCAGGUGUCCAAACCUUCAACAUAUUGGUGGACGCACUUUGCAAAGAGGGGAAGCUGACCGAGGCAAAAGAAGUUUUUGACGCGAUGAUUCAAAGAGGCAUUCAACCUAACACAGUCACUUAUGGCUCUUUGAUUGAUGGUUACUGUUUGCAAAACAAAAUGAAUAAUGCUAUCAAAACAUUUAAUUUGAUGGUUGAGAAAGGUUGGUCGCCUAAUGUGUAUAGUUAUACCAUAUUGAUCAAUGGAUAUUGCAAAAAUAAAAGGAUUGAUGAUGCAAUGCAUCUCUUCCAUGAAAUGUCCAACGAGGGUUUGAUUCCUAAUGUUGUGACUUAUAGCACUCUUAUAGGUGGCUUUUACCGAGUGCAAAGACCUCAAGCUGCACUAGAGCUAUUCCAUAAGAUGAAAGCUUGUGGCCAAGACCUAGAUCUCCAAACUUAUGCCAUCUUGUUAGAUGGCCUUUGUAAGAACAAACAAAUUGAUGAGGCAAUGGCAGUGUUUCAAGAGAUGGAAUCCAAAAGGAUGGACCAUACUAUUGUGAUUUAUAACAUUUUAAUUGAAGGUUUGUUUAAUGUUGGGAAACUUAAGAAUGCAAGAGAAAUAUUUUAUAGUCUUCCUACCAAAGCAUUGCGGCCUAAUAUUUGGACUUACACUAUUAUGAUCAAAGGUGUCAGUUGUGGUGGAAAUAAGUGGCCUACAAGUCCAAACAAUAUAAUAACUGAAACUGUGACUAAGAUGUUGGGACCAGUUUUUGCUGCAGUAUAUGAUGCAACCCAGGCUAUUUCCUCAAACAUUCAAUGCCUCACUGUUUCAGCAUCAGCAGCUCCAUGGAACUUUUCAAGUGAGGAAACUCCACAGACCUUAGGAAAGCAAAUAAGGGAUAAGGGUCUUUCAGUGACAGAGUAUUUGAUGCAUAAACUUGAGCUUGGGGAAGAUGAGAGAGUGCUUUCUCAAGUGAUAUUUGAGGCAAUGAGUCCAAAGAGAACUUCUGGUGAUUUAGAUGCAAGUAUUAGAAUAAGCAGGGUUCCAUUUCAUGCUCUUAGUCUAGCUCAGUCUCAAACUAAUAGUAGUGCUAGUGUUAAUGUGGAUACCCAUGAUUCUAAUCAUAGUCAGUUGUUGAAAUCCAUGGGAGAUAAGUGUAAAGGUGGAAGCUUUAGGAAUGUUGAUGAUGCCUUAGACCUGUUUGAUAAAAUGCUUCACUUAAGCCCUCUGCCUUCCUUUGUGGAUUUUACUCUAUUGUUGGGUGUCAUUGCAAGAAUGAAGCAUUACUCACUAGUGAUUAGUCUAAUUAGAGAUAUGGAGUCACUGAAAAUCUCUCCUGAUUUUUAUACUCUGAAUACUUUGAUUAAUUGCUUCAGCCAUCUGAACCGUGUAGAUUUCGGGUUCUCUGUCUUGGCUAGACUUUUCAAACUUGGUUAUCAGCCGGACCGUAUAACUCUAAACACUCUUGUCAAGGGGCUGUGUCUUCAAGGUAACGUUGUUGGGGCUGUGAGGUUGGUAGAUGAAAUGGAGAAGAAAGGGUAUGAACCUAAUGCAGUUACUUGUGGAACCAUAAGCACAAUUAUUGACAAUUUAUGUAAGUAUAAGUUGGUAACUGAAUCUUUGAAUUUUUUAUCUGAAAUGAAGGGUAAAGACAUUCAGCCAGAUCUUGUAACUUACAAUUCCUUGUUAAUUCAAGGCCUAUGUAAUUUUGGCCGGUGGAGGGAGGCUACUGCUUUGUUGAAUGAGAUGACACAAAGGAAGAUUGUGCCAGAUGUGAAAACCUUCAACAUAUUGGUGGACACUCUUUGCAAAGAGGGGAUGUUGACAGAGGCAAAAGAAGUUUUUGAUGUGAUGAUUCAAAGAGCCAUUGAGCCUAACACAAUCAUUUAUAAUUCUUUAAUCAAUGGUUAUUGUUUACAAAGCAUAAUGGAUGGUGCAAUCAAAGCAUUUAAUAUGAUGGUUGAGAGGGGUUGUUCACUUGAUGUGUUUAGUUAUAACAUAUUGAUGAAUGGUUAUUGCAAAAAUAAAAGAAUUGAUGAGGCAAUGCACCUCUUUCAUAAAAUGUCCAACAAGGGAGUGACCACUGAUGUUGUGACUUACAACACUCUUAUAGGUAGUUUUUGUCGAGUGGAGAGACCACAGGGUGCACUGAAGCUAUUCCGUAUGAUGAGAGCUCGUGGCCAACAUCCAGAUGUCCAAACCUACGCCGUCUUGUUAGAUGGUUUAUUUAAGAACAAAAAAUUUGUUGAGGCAAUGGCAUUGUUUCAAGAGAUGGAAGACAACAAGCUCCACCACAAUCCUGUGAUUUUCAACAUCUUGAUUGAUGGUUUGUGUAAUGCCGAAGAAAUUACAAUUGCAUGAAAAAUCUUCUAUUGUCUUCCCACCAAAGGGUUGCAACAUGAUGUUUGGACUCAUAAUAUAAUGAU